ACCAAUUAGGGCUUUAGGGUUGUAGCCGUUUUCCAACUUCCGGAGCCUGUGAUUCUUCUCCCAUUCUUCGCCUCAGGAGAGGGAGAGGGCGAGAGAGCGAAAUGUGGAGACCGCCGCCGCGUCCGUCCCUUCUCCGCCCCCUUCUCCGCUUCUUCCAGCCCUCUUGCCCUUCUCCGCCGCCGCAUCAUCCCCUCCUCACGGCCGCCGCUCGAUCCCUCUCCUCCCAAUCCACUGUCGCUGCCUCCGACGACCCCUCCGACCUCGCCCGUUCCAUCUCCGCCGAGCUCGUCAAGCUCUCCACCGCUGCCGGUGAUCCCUCCUCCUCCUCCGCUCACGACCUUGCCCGCCACUUCUCCCUUCACUUCUCCGACGUCCGCUUCAACACCCCGCUCCUCCACCGCGUCCUCGACCUCUCCCCCACCACGGGCCGCGCAGCCAUCGACCUCUACCGCUGGAUCGUCCGCCACCGCUCCUUUACCCCCACUGACGAGUCCCUUUCCCUCCUCGUUCACUUCCUCGGCCGCCGCCGCGACUUCAAGGCCAUCGCCGACCUCCUCUCCGAGUUCCGCCGCUCCGCCGGUCCCCUCUCCUUCUCGGCCGCCGUCGACCGGCUCUCUCGUGCCGGCCGCCCCACCCAGGCCGUCCGACUCUUCGACACCCUCCCCCGCGAACUCGGCCUCCGCCGCGACCGCCCCACCCUCGUCGUCCUCGUCGCCGCCCUCACCGACCACGGCUUCCCCGGCCACGCCGAGCGCGCCGUCAAGCGCUACGCCGACGAGAUUUUCCCCGACGAGGAGAUUUGCACCGCUCUCAUCCGAGGCUGGUCCGCCGCCGGGAGGCUCGACGAGGCCCGCCGCCUCAUGGGCGAGAUCCUCCGCGGCGGGUUCGAGCUUGGCACGCCGGCCUACAAUUCGAUCCUGGACUGCGUCUGCCGGCUCUGCCGGAAGAAGGAUCCCCUCCGGCUCCAGUCGGAGGCUGACAAGGUCCUCGUCGAGAUGGAAGCCGCCGGCAUUCCUCGGGAUGCCGAAACCUUCCGUGUCCUCAUCUCCAACCUCUGCAAGAUCCGAAAGACCGAGGACGCCAUGAAGCUCUUCCGGACAAUGGGCGAAUGGGGUUGCUCCCCAGACGCAGAGACUUACCUCGCCCUCAUUCGGAGCUUGUACCAGGCCGCCCGGGUCUCGGAGGGCGACGAGAUGAUUGGAUUUAUGAGGGCGGCCGGGUUCGGCGACAUGCUUGACAUUAAGGCGUACUAUGGAUUCAUCAAAAUUUUGUGUGGGAUCGAGCGGGCGGAGCAUGCGAUGAAGGUGUUUCGGAUGAUGAAGGGGUAUGGCCAUGCCCCAGGGAUCAAGACCUAUGAUUUGUUGAUGGGGAAGCUGGCGGAGCACAACCAGGUAGACAGGGCGAAUGCGCUGUUCAAGGAGGCGACGGCUCGAGGCGUUCCGGUGGUGCCCAAGGUAUGCAAAGUCAAUCCGAGGUAUGUGAAGGUGAAAAAGGUGAAGAAGGAGAAGAAGAGGCUGACAUUGCCGGAGAAGAAGGUGAUGAAAAGGAGGCGGCUGAAGAAGCUGAGGUUGAGCUUCGUGAGGAAGCCAAAGCCGAGGACGCUGCGGAGGAUUAUUUGAUUCUCAGAUGCGAUCCGGGUGUAGUUUCAUCUUCUUCCCUUGUCUCAUUUUCUGUUGUGUAGUUUCUGCUUCAAUCGACACAUAAAUUCCAGGAUUUCAGCUGAACUGGGUUGCUUCUAUAUGGUAUGACAUUUGGCAUUCAAAUGACUUUGCUGAAAAACUACCCUGCUUAUGUUCUUGUCACGCUUGUUCGACAUGGAUGUUAUGUUGUUCAAUUUCAUAUGCCUUGUGGCUUUGC